GUCUUGUGACCUUUUCACUCGUAUCUUUAUCUCCUAUUUCUUGCAUGGAUGUUGCGAAAGCACGUCAAACUGAGGUGCUAUGAUUGAUAUCCUUCUUCUGUACUGACUUGCACGCAGUUUGUAGGUCCCGUGGUGGUUCUUACGUGCCACACUCUAGCUAUAACGUCAUCGCAGAAGCUGAUGAGGUGACCCAUUUUUUUGCCAUAGCUUUAAAGAAUAUUAGAAAGCAGAUGCAUCACGAUGGAGGCCGCAAAUCCGGAAGAUAACAAGGUAAAUUAAAUACUCGAGGAAGAUCAAGAGGUGCUGGAGGCCAACUCUUCAAAAGCUGAGUAGUCACACAACAGACACUACUUGAAUAACUACUAGCAAAAUGCCAGUUCCUGUCUUUGAACUCGGAUCAUUCAAUUUCGCUCCAGAGACGAAGGAAAACCUUGAUUGGGCCGAUCUCAUCACGAUCGACCUCAGCCUCUAUGAAACCGCAGAAGGCAGGAAGCAACUUGCGCAGACUCUGAUCAAGGCCGUCCGCGAAGAUGGCUUCUUCUACGUGAAGAACUUCAAUAUCCCGCAAGACCGCGUCAAUCGCCAGUUCUCCAUUGGAAAGCAAUUUUAUGAACUCCCUUUGGAGGAAAGGUUGAAGUAUGUUCCUGGGGGAUUAGACGCUGGCAAGUUCAAUGGUUAUGUGCCAGCCGGUCGCUAUGUCCUCGACUCAACAUCUGGCUUAAGAGAUCGUACGGAGAUAUACAAUAUUCCGAAGUUUAAUGGCGACUUCGAACACAAACAUCCGGGUGUCAUCCAGGAUCGGUUGGAGGAAAUUGAGGCGUUUGCAAGGUCUCUUCACUCCGAGGUGCUUGAUCCUUUGCACGUCUUGCUUGCCAUCGCCUUGGAACUUCCGGAAGAUUACUUUACAAACAUUCACAAGUAUGAUGUCAAGAGCGAGGACCAUCUCCGGUACAUGAAGUACAGCAAGUUUACACCAGAAGAGAAUAUCAAGAUCGGCCGUAGCUGGGUUCCUGGACACACAGAUCUUGGUUCCUGGACUCUCCUUUUCCGUCAGCCUGUUGCUGCCCUUCAGAUUCAGAACCAUGUCACUGGGGAGUGGAAGUGGGUCAAACCACUAGAUGCUACGUUGACAGUAAAUGCUUGCGAUGCAUUGUCGUUUCUUACGGCUGGAUAUGUCAGGAGUACUAUACAUAGAGUAUCUUCGCCGCCUAAGGAUCAGGAACAUGUGGACAGGCUCGGAUUGUUGUAUUUCUCCCGUCCCAAUAACGAUGUUCCUCUGGUGACAGUCAAAGAAUCGCCGGUGCUGCAGCGCGAAGGUUAUACGCAGAACAAUUUUGAGAAGACCGGCAACCCAGUGCCUACCAUGGAAGAGUGGACGUUUGCGAAGCAAAAAUGGCAGCGUACGAAAGAUGUUGUUCGAGGCGAUGUGAAGCAUACGACUGCAGAGAUUCUUCCUGGCUUCAACGAAAAGCCAUAUAUUUGACCUGCCUUCAACUCGUUAUCGCCGAUGUCCGCCUUACAGCCAAAUGAAUGCCUAUGAAGCGUUUUAUAUUGAUAGAGAUUCAAUCGUUAUCAAGUAUCUAGACAUCCCGUUCCUCUCGCUCGAAAGCUGAUGUUACUAUCGUUCUUCAUGAGGCCCGCGGAGUACUAUCAGUUGUAAGGAAUUUGAGAUAUGCAGUACUCAAAUAAAUACCUUUCAAGAGAGCGUAUCAACGAUCCAAAUACAUGUGUACAUACACU